AUGGCUGCAGGUGGUAAUAUAACCAAUGAUAAGGAAUUAUUGAAAUUACAAAUACAAUUUUUCAAGGAACAACGACUUACUGAGGAGGCAAAACUAAAAGUUGAAAAAGAAAUAACAAAACGACAGGACAAAGAUUGGGGUAUUCAACAAAUGAUACUAAAACAAAAGAACACAGAUGUGAUAAUUGAAGAAAAAAAAAGACAACAACUUGUAUUAGAAAACGAACUUGAGCUAUCAAAAGCUAAACGAAUGAAAACAACACAUGAAAAACAUCCGAUAUCAAGCAGUGAUAUUUUAGCUGUAUUAAAAGACCACAAUACAUUUUAUAAUUUAUAUGUAAAGAAACAACAUCAUGGAUUUGAUAUUAACAAAGUAUUAAAUAAUAAUAAUAAUAAUAAUAAUUAUUAUUUAAAUGAGAAAACAAUAGGUUUUAUUCGAAAUUAUUUCAAUUCUGUUUUAUUGUUAAAGGAGAUAAACGAAGACAAAAUUCAAGUGUUAUUUCAAGGAUUAAUAUUGAAUUUAUUAAAUGAAUUAAGUGAUUAUACAGUGUUGAAAUAUGUAGAUACACAUAGCAUAUCUUCUAUCAAUGCAACAUUUCGUCCUGAUUGUUGUUUUUUAUAUAAAAAUGUUAAUAUCAAUUGUGUUGGAGGACGUAAAUGUUUACAAGAUUUUAUUAUUUGUGUUGGUGAAUAUAAAAAAUCUAACCGUUCUAUGACUGAUUCAGUCGGACAAAUAUUUCACUAUUUGCAUUUACUAUUAGAUAAACAAAAUCGUAAAAAGAUCUAUGGUUUUUUAAUUAAUAAUAAACAAAUGAUAUUUUUGUAUGUUGAAAAAGGAGAUAAACCAGAUCUAUAUGAUUACUAUGAAAGUGAAAAUUUAGACAUGUUUAUUAAUAUUCCUAAAAGAUUAUCAUCUGUUGCUAUGUCAAUAACAAAUAAACAAUGGAGAAAGAAAUAUUUAAAUGAAGUUACUUGGAAAAUAUUUACAAAUUUUUUAACAAUGAAUGAAAACUUUUUUGAAUAUAGGAUGUUAAAUAUAGAUCAUCGUGAUGAUUUACUUGGUAAUAAAUAUGAAAUAAUGCAAAAAUUGGGCUCUGGUUUAACUUCAAUGGUUUAUUUAUUAAGAAAUAAUGAAAAUAAUUCUUUAAAUGAUGAUACAGAACUACAUGUUUUAAAAAUAUCUAAAUGUCAUGGGUUUGAAGAAAAUUUUAUAAAUGAAGUGAAAAUUACAAAUGAAUUAAAACAAUUAAAUGAUUUAGACAAAUUUAAUUCAUUUUUUCAAGAUAUUCUACAUGAUUCACCUACAGGUCGAUUUUUAAUAUUUAAUAAUGUAUUAGAACAUAUCCAAUCAUUAAAAUCAGAUCAUUUGUCACAACUUGUUGAUAUAAUUCAAUGUUUAUAUGAUUCUCAUAUUAUUCAUCGUGAUAUACGUCCACAAAAUUUGAUGAUAGAUUGUGAUCGAAAACAUUUGAAGUUAAUCGACUUUGGUUUUGCCAUUAAAUAUGAAACGAUAAAAAAAUUGUCAAUUGCUGGAACAAUUACAUAUGCUAGUGAUGAUUUAUUAAAUUGUUAUUUGAAAUCAUUAUUAAAUGGAAAAUAUUCAACAGAUUAUCAUUAUGAACGAAUGUUUGAUUUGAAAUGUACAUUAAAUCUUAUAAUGUCAAUGAUUAAUGAACGUGUUAGUGUACAGUUGAAUGCUAUUGAAGAAUUACCACCUACUAUUGAUAAAGUUAUGGACAAACUCAACUAUGAUAUUCGAUAUUGA